GGUGGAAGAGGAGCGAGAGGGAGGCAUGGCUUAAAUCCAAGAGGUUCUUUUGCGGUCGCAAAAUGGAGAGUUAGAGAAGCGUAGGUCAAGCCGAACCCAACCUCUUCCGAGACUUGUCCGGCGGAACCGAAAUGGACUUCCGGAGCGAGAAAAGCGAUGAUUUGGACCACAAUGGCAAGAUCACCGUCCAGCUGCUAAAAAGCCAGACGGGAGAAUUCGAUCUCGAGUCCAUCCUGCUGUUGAAACUAAGAGGUCUGGGGAUUUUGGAACUGGGCUGCCUCGGCGAGUGCGCCAGCUUGGAGUGGCUCGACCUGUCGGGCAAUGGCCUGACCCACCUGGGCCCCCUCGCCGCGCUCAAAGCCUUGACUGUGCUCAAUGUCGCCGCCAACCGUAUCUCGAACCUGGAACCGCUGAGUGGCUGUGAGAGCCUACAGAGUCUCAACGCAUCCGGCAACCAGCUGCGUAACCCGCAACAGCUGCAGUGCCUGACCGGGUUGCGGCAUUUGGACAACGUGCGCUUCCACAACGGCCCAGCCCGGCUCAGCAACCCCUUCUGCGCCACCCCUGGCUACCCGGCCAUCCUGGCGGAAAUGUUUCCGCGGGUGAAAGUGAUUGACGGUGAGCGGGUGUCCGGGCGGGGUAGCGAGCUCUACCAGCUCUGCAAGGAUCUGGACCGCUCGCUGCAGCGUUGCAACAACAGUGGGGGGCUCAGCGAGAUGGCCAGCCGGGCUCAGCCCUGGGUGGAAGAGGGCUACUGGGAGGUCCAACCAGCCAGGAGAAGCUCCAUCAUGGAGGAGGCCUACAAGCAGUUCAGCGAGGCUUUGCUGGAGUGCCGGGAGUUGAGCAAGCAGGCUGACCACAGCAUCAACCAGGCUGAGCGGGCGCUCGGCGGGCGUCCCGAUGCCAACUCAUAUGUUUUUUGAGGCUGCUGGCUGCCGAGCAUCAGAUGCGCUGGUGGAGGGUUCUACGAUGACUGCCGAUGGCCAACUCACCACAGCCAACUUGCCAUGGUCAACUCUCUAUGGCCAACUAGCCAUGGCCAAAUCUCCCCAACUCAUCACAACCAACUUAACACAACUAACUAGUCAUGACCAACUCGUUAUGGCUAACUAACCAAGGUCAACUCUCUGUAGCAAACUAGCCAUAGCCAACUCACCAUGGCCAACUCUAUGGCCAACUAGCCAAUGGCCAACGCUCUAUGGCCAAUUCCCUAUGGCCAACUCUUUAGAAAGGUUGCCAAAAGUGGGACGGAACGAAAUGGGAAGGCCAAGAAUUAAAAUCAUUUUCAAAUGGGUAAAUCCUUUGAAAGAACUGCGUUGAAUUGUUCCGCAGGGAGUUGACCAUUGCUG